AUGAAAAUCUCCCUGUUAAGUAUCGUUGUAUGCUUGCCCGCCCUCGGGUUUGUCGCAGCCAGGCCAACUGCUCAUGCACCCGCCCACUCCGGCUCCGUGUAUUCGUAUUGGGACUAUAUGAUCUCUGAGCACUCGCACACUCCUAUUACAAAGAGGGAGUCUCGUAUUGUGCCUGUCCCCAAGAACGAAAACGACAAGUUCCUCGACCGCUGGACCGCAAACUUCGGCACCCCCGCUCCCGAGCCCGUUGCGCACCCCCCAACAACUUCCCGAACCCUAGUUGGCACGCUCACCUCCGCCGCCGACGCCCUCUUCGGCGUGUUCGGCAAGGGAAAGGACCCCGAGCCCGGCCCGUACGCCCACCCCCCGACCCGCCAUGCCGACAGCAGCACGGACCGGUACUCCAAGUACGCCGGCGGCAGCACCGACCGUUACUCCAAGUAUGCCGCUUCCAACGUCGACGAUGACGCACCACCCAGGUACGAAGAUGUCUUUGACACAGACAAUAUCGUGGACUGGAGAGCCGACUCCCCGGCAAAGUACGCCCCGUCCUUCCUGAGCGAUGACGAGACUGCCGGGCCGAGUCGGUAUUCGUACUUCGGGGAUGACAAGAAGGGGAUGAGUGGAUACUCUUCCAGCGAUGACGAUGAGCCUUUUAAUCCGAACGGGGGCUCCGCCACUAACUAUUGGUCUGAGCUGUUGGCGCCGGAGACCGUCGUGGUCAUGCCUGGGAAUCCGUUGACUGCCGAGGGUCUGGCGGAGGAGAUUUGGAGGCAGGCUGAUGCGGGGGGUGCCACGGAAGAGGCAGAUUAUUGGGAUGCUGCGCCAAAGGAGCGCUCUGGUUGGCAGAAGUUCCUCGACUGGUGUAAGCACGCCUGGAAUACCGUUAAGGGCGUGUUCACGAAGAACUAA